AUCCGAGGCCAGAAUCCACCACCCUAAAGAAGGAAACUCUCUAUCUAACCCCCCUGCUAGCCGGGGUGGGGUGGUUUGUUAACCCCCAUCCGGGUCAGCGAAACCGGGUAAGCAGCGGAAGAAACCAGCAUCCAGUAGGUUCGGUUACCCCCAACCCCAACCCCAGGCAUGCAUGCAGUCCAUGCCAUGCAUCCGUGGAUGUGAACAUGCUAGAUCUUCCUCCAUGCCGCCAUGAAGAGUUCUAGAUGAGUGUAGAAGCGCAUGGGGGUAGCAGAUGGGGGAUGGGGGUAGCGGACAAUGAUGAGCUGACGGGAAGCCCCAUGGCCAAGCGCAAGCCCAAGCCCUUCAUCCAUGGCGGUGUUUAUCUGCGGGGCUUGGGGACCGAGAGUCGAGAUCCAGAGCAUAUCGGAAAGAGGAUUAGCGGACAGCACUAGAAGGCGAAGGAGGCGCAAGAAGCCGAAGUUGGAGACCAUCGCAGCAUUUCCGACCCCGACUCUUCCUGCCUGCACAGCAUUCUCGUGAGGAGGAGCAGUAGCAGCAGCAGCCAUGGCGUCCCAAGCUGUGCUAGGAAACAUUGCGCUGGCCUCUUCUGUUUCUGUCCCGGUUUCCGCACCCUCGUCCUCCUUCUUGCAAGCCGGUAAGGUUCAAGGAGCAUGGAGAGGAAGGAACCAGUUUUCUGGGCUUGUGAACACCAAGUCUGGAGCAAACAGAGUCAGCAGGAGCAGACUCACUGCCAGAGCUGCCGCCAAAGAGAUUGUCUUUGACCAAAAGUCUCGUGCUGCGCUUCAAGCGGGAAUCGACAAACUCGCAGAUGUCGUUGGUGUCACCUUGGGACCCAGAGGAAGGAACGUCGUUCUUGACGAGUUCGGUACCCCCAAGGUCAUCAAUGACGGUGUCACAAUUGCACGUGCUAUUGAAUUACCCGACGCUAUGGAGAACGCCGGAGCCGCCCUCAUUCGUGAGGUUGCUAGCAAGACCAAUGACUCGGCUGGAGACGGAACUACAACUGCUUCAGUUUUGGCCAGGGAGUUGAUCAAGCUUGGACUCUUGAACGUCACUGCCGGAGCAAACCCCGUUUCUAUCAAGAAGGGAAUUGACAAGACUGUAGUUGGACUGAUUGCGGAGCUCAAGAAAAGAGCACGACAAGUCCAGGGGCGUGAUGUGAUCAAGGCUGUCGCCUCUAUUUCCGCUGGAAAUGAUGAGUUCGUCGGUACAUUGAUCGCUGAUGCCAUCGACAAGGUCGGCCCUGACGGUGUUCUGUCUAUCGAAUCAUCCUCUUCGUUCGAGACCACGGUCGAGGUCGAGGAGGGUAUGGAGAUCGACAGAGGAUACGUUUCCCCUCAGUUCGUCACGAACCAGGAGAAGCUGACCGUCGAGUUCGAGAACGCUAGGGUUCUGGUCACUGACCAGAAGAUAACCUCCAUCAAGGACAUCAUCCCAGUUUUGGAGAAGACAACCCAGCUCAAUGCCCCAUUGGUCAUCAUCGCUGAAGAUGUGUCAGGAGAGGCUUUGGCAACGUUGGUGGUUAACAAGCUCCGUGGUGUAUUGCAAGUCGUCGCCAUCAAGGCACCAGGUUUUGGUGAGCGCCGAAAGGCCCUCCUCCAGGAUAUUGCCAUCCUCACUGGAUCCGAGUUUCUGGCUAAUGACUUGGGCAUGAAAGUAGAGAACUGUUCCGUUGAGCAGCUAGGUAUUGCCAGGAAGGUUACUGUGUACAACAGCACCACCACCAUGAUUGCCGAUGCUGCAUCCAAGGAUGAGAUUCAGGCCCGAAUUGCCCAAAUUAAGAAGGAGCUCCAAGAGACUGACUCUGUCUACGACACGGAGAAGCUCUCCGAGCGUAUCGCUAAGCUAUCUGGUGGUGUCGCUGUCAUUAAGGUUGGAGCUGCCACUGAAAGUGAAUUGGAGGACAGGAAACUGAGAGUGGAGGAUGCCAAGAACGCUACCUUCGCUGCCAUCGAGGAGGGUAUCGUACCUGGUGGAGGUGCCACCAUGGUCCACUUGUCCGCCUUUGUUCCUGCAAUCAAGGAAACCAUCUUAGACGCGGAAGAGAAGCUGGGAGCCGACAUUGUACAAAAGGCUCUCCUCGCACCAGCCUCCUUGAUCGCUGCAAACGCCGGAGUUGAGGGCGCGGUCGUAGUCGAGAAGAUCCUUGAACAGGACUGGCAGUAUGGAUACAACGCUAUGACCGAUGUGUACGAGGAUUUGUUGGCAUCCGGAGUCAUUGAUCCCGCUAAAGUGACGAGGUGUGCCUUGCAAAACGCUGCUUCAGUUGCCGGUAUGGUGUUGACGACUCAAGCCAUUGUUGUGGAGAAGGUUCAAAAAGCUAGAUCUUCCGUGCCACAAGUACCAGGCAUGACUAUGUAAAACAGCUAGAACACCUUAUAACAUGUUAUUCAGAUCAGAUUAGGGUCCUACAGAUUAUCUACUCAGCUGGCGCCUACCCACCUGAAACCCCUGAAUUCAGUAGUGCUCAGUGGGGCUGGCUGCCCGGAUCUGGCCCCUUUUACCUUUGUACUAAAUUGAGCUGUCCCGCACAUCCUUCCACACACUCAAGUUUUGUUGUAGUGCCAUCUAAUUACAUUGAUCAAUAAAGAGAACCCAGAAAUUUCUUAGUUUGAAAUUCC